AUGUUGGGUCAUCUCCAUAACGGAUGGCAGGUGGAUCAAGCAAUAUUGUCUGAGGAAGACCGUGUUGUGGUAAUUCGUUUUGGUCAUGAUUGGGAUCCAUCAUGUAUGAAAAUGGAUGAAGUAUUAUACGGAAUCGCAGAAAAAGUUAAGAACUUUGCAGUGAUCUAUUUGGUGGAUAUUACUAAAGUUCCAGAUUUCAAUAAAAUGUACGAAUUGUAUGAUCCAUGCACUGUUAUGUUCUUUUUUCGAAAUAAGCACAUAAUGAUUGACUUGGGCACUGGUAACAAUAACAAAAUAAACUGGCCUUUAGAAGAUAAGCAAGAAAUGAUUGAUAUUAUUGAAACUGUUUAUAGAGGAGCCCGAAAGGGACGUGGUUUGGUUGUCUCUCCCAAAGAUUAUUCUACAAAAUACCGGUAUUAG